UCUACGCUCGCAGUUCUCGACUUUGCUUUGGGAAUAAAAAUCUAAAUAUUGCCCAGUUUCAGUAGGCAAACUGUUGCACGUGUCGCUAAUCAGCUUAGAUUUAUUCUCAUUAAUUGUUUUUUUCGUAACAAAUUUUUUAAUAAUUUGCAAUCAUGGGCUGCGCUACGGGCACCAUUAAAUAUUCAUUAUUUCUCUUCAACGCAUUAUGGGCGAUACUUGGCAUAUUGGUCAUAGUAUUUGGCGGCCUUGGCUGGGGUGCUAUGCCACAGCAAUAUGCCAUCGGCAUAAUUGUGCUUGGUGGUAUUAUCUUGCUGAUAUCAAUGUUUGGCUGCUUCGGAGCCAUUAGGGAAUCGUCGCGCAUGCUCUGGACCUAUGUCUCGCUGCUGCUGGUGCUGCUAGUGCUGAUAGGCGUCUUCAUCUUCUUCAAUACUCGCGAUGUAUUUAAGAAUUAUGCCAUUAAAACGGUUGAGGAUCAUUGGCAACUGGAGUUGACUAGGCCGGGCAGCAUGGAUCUGAUACAGAAGACAUACUCUUGCUGUGGCCGCUAUGGAGCUGCUGAUUAUAUUGCCAUCGGACAUAGAAAUAAUACAGUGCCGUCGAGUUGUUGCAAGGGCAACAAUUGCUUCAAUCCAUUGAACGUCUAUCCAGAUGGCUGUCUGACCAAAGUGGAGCUGGCCUUCGCCGAUGAGGCCAGCACAUCACGAUACUGUGAAUGGGGCCUGCUGGGCUUCGAUCUGGUAAUUCUUGGAUUGGCUGUCAUACUUGCCAUACACUAUUCGAAUCGCAGGCGCCGCUACAACUACUAAUAGUAUCUAAUUAGUCAUAAUAGUCAAUCGAAUC